GCGUUAAAAUUGAUAUUACGAAGUAAACGAAGAUAGAAUUAACUGUCAGCCAAGAAAAACCUUGUCGGAGAACUACUCAUUCUAUACGUCGUAUUUUAUUCGUGUACUUUUCAAGGCACUGAAACUGGGAGCCAAGAAAAAAUUGAACGAAAGAGAAAAGAAAAUAAAAGCAUUACAACACAGUUUUUCGCUUGACAAUGUCUUUUGUCGACAUAAUUCAACAGUGGCAGAACUUGGCUGGCAACGGCACGUGGUCAGCGAUGGAACAAGAGUCGGCAGGUCGUAGCGGCUACGGGGAAUAUGGUCACUCGGAAGUCUCUUACGGAGGUCAUGGUGGUUAUGGGGGUAUGUCAAAGUACAUAGACCCGUUUACACUACUUGCAUUUGGUGUAUUUUGCACUUUCUUAACAUACAUUUACUUUUACUGCAUCAUCAAGAAAGAUUGCAUUCAGUUCGCCACAUGCACCACCGGCGGUCGGAAGCUCUUAAAAGACGUCACCAACGAACCAAAGAAUGAAACUGUCGCCGAACUGUCGUCGCAAGUCACGCGGCUGUUGGCGGCCGCUCAAGCGACGUGGGCUCUUGAGGAAGAUUGACCAAUGGCCAUGAGUCACCAUGGUCAUUGGUCAAUUUGACCAUGAUCCAAGAUUGACCAUGAUCUGGAGUCACCAAAGCAAUUUCUCCAUUCUCAACCCUUGCCACGAUUGAUGGAAACCUAGAUGUAGUAAUUUUGCCACUCUACGAAACUAAGAAUUUUGUUUCAAGUGGGUAACAUUAGUAUUCGUCCCUUUAUUUUCCUGACGCGACUUUAGGGUCAUGUAAUAACAAAAAGUAGUAUUAAUUGUUUUGUAAGGCACUUCAAGUUGAGGGUAAUUUUGGCCAUUGAAAAUUGUGGAGUUUAUUAUAUGCAGGCGUUUAUUAAGUCGCUAAUCUGCGGUAGUGAAAUAAAUGUAUGUGUUUGGAGAAUCAUGUAUCCCCCAUCAGUGUCGAACUUGAUUGUCAUCUUAUGAAGAAAAUGUUUGGCCUUCAUGCCAAACAUUUCAUACAUCAUGCCUUCAUGUCUUACUACAGAUGAUCCAGAAGAUUGAUCAGAUUAAAAUCAGUUUAUCUUUAAAUAUAUUUUUUUAUUAUUUCGUGUUGGUGAAAUCA